UAGCGGAAACCAGCCUGGAAUCCCGCCCCGUCGACUAGAUUUUAUCCAAUUACACCGCGGCUCCUAAGAUCGGCGGAAGCAGGAAGGCGCCAAUGAGGCCUUCGGCUGCAUCGGAGGGGGCGGAGCUAAAAUGUCAGCCACACCCCUCUCUGUGACUCUACCUUUAGGCUUUGCGCGUUUUAAUGCGAUGGUGUCCCCACGGGAUCAAAUUUCAGCGUCACAGCUGGGGACUGGCUUUGCGGUCCCUGAGGGGAGAGCAUGAGCAGGUGGUAUGUGCGACCCUCUCCUGGCUGGCCUACCCCAGGACCCUGACUACUCUCUGCCCUGCUCCUCAUCUCCCUUGCCCUCCAACGUGUGUAUGCCUGCUAACAGGAAGUGUGACAAGUACUGGGACUCUUCCUCAGACAAGACCUUGGACUAUACAAUUCACUGGUCCAGGACCCCAGAGCCAGAGAUCUUGGGGCCAGCUGCUUCUGAGAACACAGUGCGGAGUAUAGACUGGAGGCCUGGGAGGGACUCAGGGCCUCAGUUGUGUGGGUCUCCUCUCAUCCAGACCCCAGACUCACAGGAGCAGUGUAAUGACCAGGUCCUGAAGAGGCAUCACAGCGUCGCUAAGAAGCCCUUGGAGGCCAGCUCUCCCAAAGUCAAAGUUAAGUCCACCAUGAUGAUUCCCGACUCCCAGAAGCACCUGCGAUGCGAGCUGGAGUCACUCAAGAGCCAGCUACAGGCCCAGACCAAGGCUUUCGAGUUCCUAAACCACUCCGUGACCAUGUUGGAGAAGGAGAGCUGCCUGCAGCAAAUCAAGAUCCAACAGCUUGAAGAGGUGCUGAGCCCCAUGAGCCGCCAGGCAGAGAAGGAGCGACACAAGUGGGGCGCGGAGCAGGGACGGCAGGAGCCGUAUGGGGCCCUGGCUCAAGGCCUGCAAGGGCUACAGAGGACCCUGCGUGACAGUGAGGAGGUAGAGAGGGCCCGCACCACUCGCUGUCUGCAGCUGCUGGCCCAGGAGAUCCGGGACAGGCUGCACUGUCCCCUCAGCAAGAAGUUCCUGUGGGAGGAGCUGGAACUGGUGCGGGAGGAGGUGACCUUCAUCUAUCAGAAGCUCCAGGCUCAGGAGGACGAGAUCACGGAGAACCUGAUGAACAUCCAGAAGGUGCAGAAGACACAAGUGAAGUGCCGCAAGGUCCUGACCAAGAUGAAGCAGCAGGGGCAUGAGACCUCCGACUGGCCGGAGACUGAGGAGAUGCCACCAGGAGGCAGUGGCUCCUGGAGGGAUGACCUCCAAAAGGAGCUGAGUGACAUAUGGUCCGCCGUGCACUUGCUGCAGAACUCCUUUGAUGGCUUCACCAUGUCCGCAGGGGGCUCCCCCAGGGACUGGAACCUCAGGGGCUACAAGGGGCACCGAUGCCUGAGCCCUCUGUUCCCCUCCUGGGACUCGGACUCGGACUCAGACCAGAACCCUUCCCAGCCACCGUUCAACAAGAGCCACUCCUUCCCACCUGCCUGAGCAGCCGGGACUUGUCUCCCUGAAGACCCCUCCAGAGAGAAAAUAAACUAGCCAAGACCCUC